AUGAACACAGACGUAGAUAUUGUAAAUGAUGAUCUUGUCAGCCAAGAAUUUAAUUUUCUUGUUAUGGACCCAAAAUCAUCUAAUGAUCCUGCCAUCAAUUUUGAUGCGCCAGAAUCUGGUUAUGAAGAUAAAGAGAGAUAUCGGUUAUCUGAUACUGCUACUAAUUCUCUUAUAAAGUUUAUGAGAUAUCUAUUGCUCUUGGUUGAUAGAAAUAUCUAUUCAGAAUUUCCAAAAUCUUUACAUAUGGCACGGAAAUUAUUUGGUAUCAGCGAUCACAUGAUCAAAAUUACUCAAAAUCAUUCACGUCUUGACAAGUUAUCAUUAUUUGUCAAUGAAAAUCAACACCUUUUAGAAUGUUUGCCUUAUAUUGCUCUUAAGGAAACAGUCGGUAGCCUCACAGCUAAUGAAGAUUUUGAUUUGAUGAAAUAUUCAGAAUUUUUAACAAUGUCAAAAAAUGUAAAGAAGAAAACAGGAACAGGGUCGGAGCCUUUUCUGGGUGUACUUCUUAAACUAAUAAAGAGUGUGAAAUUGUCAUCAGAAAUAUUAGCAUUAUUGGUAGAAUAUUACAAUAAUGCCUAUAGUAAUUCUUUUGUGUCCUUAUCGGAUAUCCAUAAUUUGUUACCAGGAACAAUAGCAGUUUUCCCACAAAUUAAUCAAUUUGGUAGAUUAAGACUUAGAGCGGAAGUAUAUGGAUCAACGUACGCAAAAAGACAUAUCGGAUCAGUGAAUGUAUUAUCUAAAUUUGUUUUAGAUGAUAAUAUGACUGAUACCUAUUCGGGUCAAAUACAAUUUUUUUUGAGCAUACUAUUCAUCUACCGGAAGGUUUCAUAA